AUGGCCCUUGCAUUCGCGACCAAGCGCUUGCUACGGCGGCGCUCAAGAGCCAUCAACGCAAAAGAUACAUUUCCUUCUCCUGUCAACACAGCGUCCCGCAAGGUCGCUGGAGGUGACAGAGCCAGCACCUGGAGCCCAACAGCAAUCGAAUGGCUUCAAGUAAUGAGCUCUGUUGCCAGCACCAUUUCUCGUUACCGCCUUUCAUAUCUUGAGCUGGUCUUCUACUUAUCACUGAAUCAUCGCACUGCAUUCGCUCACUGUUGGCACCACUCGCCCAGCAACUGUUUGGCUGCUUUCAGCUACAACAUCAGCGCGAGCAACGAUCAGUCAGCGAUGCAAAAUUUGCUCAGCAUGGUCAAGCCGUGCAAUUGCCAGCAGCCAAAAAUAGAAUAUAUGUCAGAGACACAAUGGGCAAAAACAUACAACAGCGGGGAUUCGCUGGUCGUCACCGACCCAACUACUAAUCCGCCGGUUAGUGGCUUGACUAUGGGAGAGCGGACGGGAUCCCGUAUUUUCCACUACCUUUGGUCAAGGCCAGAUAGCUUCUUGGCAAUGGAGUAA